AUGGCAAGAAUAAAAAGUGUAACAUCACGUACUGGUAUGCUAUUGGAUGGAAACACAACCAGAUUACCAUUAGCUUUAAAGCCGUCGAAUAGUAGAGUGUCAUCCUCUUCAUCGUGUACAAUUGAAUUAUUAUCACCGAUAACAGCUAAUACUGAUAUAAAUUCGACAUUAACUUCAAUCAGUGAUCCACCAUCAUUAUUAGCUUCGUCAAAAGAAAAAAAAUCAUCUUCAAGUAUAAAAAAAAUGAAAAAGACAAAAUCACAAUCCAAAGCAGUAAUCAUCGAAUCAGAAGCUGAUGAAGAAGAUACUGAUAUUCAAAAAGGUGCAGAAGUACAGUAUGACCUUAUUACAAGUAUACAUGAAUGUGGUGGUAUUGAUCGAUUUUUAGAAGCUCCAUGUAUGAUAUUGUAUAAGCGUUUUUUGACUGGCCAAACUGAUCUUGAAAAUUACAUCUUAAAACAUAUUUCAUCAUAUAGUACAAAUCCAUGUUUAUUUGCUGGUAUCACGGAUUCAGUACGUGGUGUUGAAAAAAUUCAUGAAACUAAACGUAGUAGUGGUAAUGCACAAUCUGAAAUUCAUUCUUCCAAUAAAACUGUGAAAUAUGUACAAUCUAGAAAUAAAAAUGAUGAUGAAGAAGAAAAAUCUGAUAUUGAAAAUAUUGAUGGUAAUGACAGUGGAACAAUGAAUAGUAAAACAACUGAAUUAGAAGGUGAAGAUGAAAAGACACAAGUACCAAGUGCUAGUGAAGAUGAAAUUGUAGAAGAAGGAACAUCACAAACAAAUAUGUCAAUUGGUGAUACAAAACGUAAAAAUAUCAAUUACAAAGGUGGUUCAAAAAAUUGUGGACUUUAUAUGUUUCUCAACAAAUAUCAAGAAAAAAAAACUGAUGGUGAUAACAAACGUGGGAAAGAAGAACAAGAACCACCUUUGGAAAUGAAAAAGAAAAUAGAUGCAGAAAACUAUAAUAGUGAAGCUGCAACUAAGAUGAUGGAAGUUGAUGAUGAAAAAAUCAAUGAAAAUCAAACCAAUUCAAUUGAUAAUAAACAAAACAAUAAAAAAGAAAAGAAAAAGUUAAAUGAAAAUAAUUCAGAAAAAGGUCGUAAUAUUUCAUCAUCACAUAAUCAUUUGAAAAGACCUGUCAUUAAUAACGAUCGUGAAAGUAGUAGUGACAAUACUGGUAUUAAUUCAACAAAAAGUCCAUCAAAAAUAAAAAAUGUUGUUGAACGAUGUACUUCUCCAAUUCCUGGUAAAACUGAUUCUUCCAUUACAAUUUGUACAGAACGUCGAUUAUCACCAUUAUCAUCUUCAUGGUCUACAGUCUCUACAAAUGAUCAAAUCUCAUCAACUGAUGUUUCACAUUCGAUUUCACCUCAACAUUCAAAUGCUGCUGAUAGUACCACCAAAACAUCAUCAUCACUCCUACAACAAAGUACACCAUCACAAACAAAACAAACAAAUGUUUCUAUUAAGAAAGUUGACACUGCUCAAACACCAAAAGAUUCUAAACGACGAUCAUAUGGUUUACGUUCAAAGGCAAAAAGAAAACAACCUCAACAAUCACCAACCGAACAUUCAAAUACAGCACCACCUGCUCCUCCAUCAAAGAAAAGAAAAAUUGACAGCAACAAAAAAUCUGCAGAAAAAUAUCAAAUACUAACAAAACAAUUGGGCAAAAUUCCAAAGAAAAUACAUACACCAUCAGCAACAGUUACUUCAAAUGAUAAUUGA